AUGUCUGUUCUGUACCAGGAUGAGAACUGGUCCAACAACCUGGACACCAUCAUCCGCGGGACCAGGGACCAGCUGACCAAGACCGUAAUGAGCGGCUUCACCAUCAGCAAGAUCAAGUACUACAGGGACCAGAUGGAGCAGAAGGAGACACAGGGCCACCAGACUAACUCCUCCUCUCCUCAGAUGAACUCCUCCACUCUGUCGGAGCAGCAGAAGACGGUGAGCAGGGGUCAGAACCCUCUUCCGAUCUACACCGCGGUCAACGUGAAGGAGGCCAUCGACGGGCACCUCCCUGAGAACGAGUGGGUGGAGUUCUCUCCCUUCUCUGUGGGGAUACAGAAAUAUGGAGCCUUCAUCAAAGCUGAAAACUUCGGCUCUGAGUUCUUCCUCGGACAUUUACUGAAGAAACUUCCAGAGCUGAGACUGCCCUUCCUCAUCGGUGAGAUACAGGCGCUACACAGGUGUAAUGUGAGACGAGGACCUGGACCCUUCGACCCUGGACACUCUGCUCCUCAGUCCAGAGUCCGGACUCGGAUCCUCGUUCAGCGGAUUCUUCAAAAACCGACCAAUCAUCAACGAGACGUUCAACUUCACCAGAGGACUGUCCCUGCACCAGCACUACAGCAGGAGCAGCUACUUCCUGUCCUGGAGAGGUGA